AGGGAGACUCAGAAUAACCUGAGCCGCCACACGACACGCAGCCUCUCCUCAAGAUCUUGCCGACCAGGCGACUGACUACCUCGUAACCUCGGUGCCAGACAGCCACUUCCACUCCUGCUGGUGUGUAGCUACCGCCUGUUUGACGACCACAGCCAAAUGUUCCUCUAUAACGACAGCCUUGCCUUCCACCCGUUCUCCCACAUGAUGGCCGAGUCUCCUCUGCUGGGACUGGGAUCCGGACACCUGCUGGACAGAUGGAUGGAGAUGUCGGAACCCUGGAGCAGCGGGAGCGACCUCCCCCUGUUCUCCAGGAGGGAGACACCCUGCUGUCCUCAUGCCUGUACGCAGCACACUCCUCAGCGGUCCGGCCGCCAACACUUCAUCAUCCUGCCAAGUCUCUUCACACACCGAGCCCGCAGUGACCGCAAAGACGGUGGCCGGGAGAGCGACAAUGGAACCACUGGUCCUGAGCAGUGCCAAGGGAAGGACGCAGGCAGCAGGGAGCAGACACCUUCAGCCACCGGUGGUAGCAAAGACGUCGCUGACAGCAGCAGGGAGAGCGAGGGCAAGGCCAACGGGAAAUGUCCGUGGCAGUUCAGUGUGGACGUGAAGGGCUGCGACGAGGUGCGGGCGACGACGGAGGGAGGCAUGUUGAUGGUGGAGGGACGAGGCUCAAGUGACACCUCACGGCAGAUGGUGCGAUACAUCACCUCCUUGCCCCGCCACGUGAGCCACGACUCCCUCACAGCCAGCCUCAGCAACGGCCGCCUCACCGUGACCCAGAAGGCCGCAGGGCAGCUGCAGGGCCAAGCCAGGACACUGCCCAUUGAUGUGCAGCAGAAAACGUCGCCUCAGCCUGAGCCUGAACAGCAACAGCAGCAGCAGCAGCAGAACCAGCACCAAGCGUCAUCUGAGCCGGAACAGUAGGAACGGCAGGAGUAGAAGAGUAUCGACACAGCAGGAGAGAGGAAAAAGAGUAUUUCAUCAGCUGACGCUCGGAGGAAAUACUCGUGAUCCUUAAGGCAAUGUGCAUCAUGACGCCAAAACGAGGUGCAACGUGGGUCCACGAGAAUGAUUCUUCACAAGUACGUAAUGAAUUAUGACACGUAAUGCACUACGACAACUAAACAAGAACUCUUAAUCCUUUGCGCGGUUCCUUGUACGCAAGUACAGAGAUAUUACUCUAUUGUAUACUGUAUAACAUAUACGAAAAGAAUCUGAUCUGAUCUCUAAUCUGAUGUACUGUAUACAUUGAGCGACAUAUUGUAAUUAGAAAUAAAUAAUAUGCACACAA